UAUUAGGCAUUCUACUGUAAGUUUUUUUACUGCUCCUGCACAAAUAAUUCAGUAAUAACUACAGAAUACCUUAAGUGUAUAUUUUGCAGAGGUGAAAUUCCUUAAUGUUCUUGUAAAAUAUAAGAAGAUGGAGUGUGAUGUUACUUGUAAUUUUUGUUGUUUCUUUCUGUGAUCCAAGGCUGUGAUGUGGGACACAAAAGGGAAUAAAAUUCUACAAAAGAUAGCCAUCUAGAGCAUCUGGAAUUAGUGUAUUCUAUGGCGUAUUUUCCUUACUUAAUCUAGUAACUUUGGAACCUUGCCCUUGUUGCAAAUAAUUAUUUCAUAACCUAUGAAAUGUGUUAACAAAGAAUAAUCUCUAUUUUCAGGAUCAAGUAGAAAAAAAAAUUGCUAGCAUGGUGGAAUGCAAAGAAUUCUCUAAGGGGAUAUUUCAGCUGGAAUGGGAGCAUAAGAAAAUGAGAAUGCAAAUAGAAGAUUUGAAUCAGAAGGCUCAGGAUAUUGCAACUUUACCUAUUACGAAAGAUCGCCAGCUAUUCCUAACCAUGCUGGACUAUGAUAGCCACAUUGCCCACCGCAUCGCAGUGAUGGAGCAGACUCUUGGUGUCAUGGAUAAGCUGCACAAAAAGAAUAUGAAGAAACAUCAGAAGAGAAUUAAAGAGUUGGAGAAGUGCAUCAGUUUAAAAGAGCAAGCGAACUAUGAGCUGAGCCUCGAGCUGAAGGAAAUGCUUGUGUCUGUUUCAGAAAGGAGGCACAUCUAUCAGGCAGCUGACAUGCGGCAUAUUUCUGAAAGGAAUGCAAAGCGGCGUUACCAGGAGAUUUUGAAGCAGAAACAUCUACGAGGUCUCAUAGAGGAACAGGAAAAACACCUUGGAAUUCUUCAAGCAGAAGCUGAAAGAUUAAGAUCAAAAACAUUCCCUAUUCUUUAAAAAUCCCGAUCCUGACAGAUGUACAA